GAAGAAGAGUUUCUUCUACUCCUCAUUUGACCCAGUCCAUACCGGUUGUUCUAUUUCAAUUACUCAACUUGUCAUCCGAAGAGGUUUUACAACAUGUCCAUUGUCAAGAUCCACGCAAGAGAAAUCUUUGAUUCUCGUGGAAACCCCACAGUGGAGGUUGACCUUUACACUGACAAAGGCUUGUUUAGGGCUGCUGUACCAAGCGGUGCAUCCACUGGAAUCUAUGAAGCUUUGGAGCUCAGGGACAAUGACAAGUCCCGCUACCUUGGGAAAGGAGUCUCGCAGGCUGUAGAACACAUUAAUUCAACUAUUGCACCUGCACUUGUUGACCAGGAUUUCUCUGUUGUUGAGCAGGAAAAAAUCGAUCAGAUGAUGAUUGACAUGGAUGGCACGGAAAACAAAUCCCAAUUUGGAGCAAAUGCCAUUCUGGGCGUGUCUUUGGCUGUAUGCAAAGCUGGUGCAGCAGAGAAAGGAGUCCCCUUGUAUCGCCAUAUUGCUGACCUGGCAGGAAACCCAGAGGUCAUCUUGCCUGUACCGGCCUUCAAUGUGAUCAACGGGGGCUCACAUGCAGGCAACAAGCUUGCUAUGCAGGAGUUCAUGAUCCUCCCCAUCGGCGCCAGCACCUUCAAAGAAGCCAUGCGCAUCGGAGCAGAGGUCUACCACAAUCUGAAAAAUGUCAUUAAGAAGAAAUAUGGACAGGAUGCCACUAAUGUGGGAGAUGAAGGGGGCUUUGCUCCAAACAUACUGGAAAAUCAGGAGGCUCUGGAGCUAUUGAAGGAAGCCAUCUCCAAAGCAGGCUACACAGAUGAAGUUGUGAUUGGCAUGGAUGUGGCUGCAUCUGAGUUCUACAGGGAUGGAAAAUACGACUUGGACUUCAAGUCGCCUGACGACCCAAGCCGUUACAUCACUUCUGAUGAGCUGGGUGAUCUCUACAAGAGCUUUGUUAAGGAUUAUCCAGUGGUGUCCAUCGAGGAUCCGUUUGACCAGGAUGACUGGGCGGCCUGGACCAACUUUACUGGUAGCACAGACAUCCAGGUUGUUGGAGAUGAUUUGACGGUGACAAAUCCUAAUCGCAUCUGCAAGGCUGUGGAAGAGGCAGCCUGCAACUGCCUUCUGCUUAAAGUCAAUCAGAUUGGCACAGUUACAGAGUCAAUGAAAGCGUGUAAGAUGGCCCAAGAGAGUGGCUGGGGUGUGAUGGUUAGUCAUCGCUCAGGUGAAACUGAAGACACCUUCAUAGCAGAUCUGGUGGUCGGGUUAUGCACUGGACAGAUCAAAACUGGGGCUCCCUGCCGUUCUGAGAGGUUGGCUAAAUAUAACCAGAUCCUGAGAAUUGAAGAGGAGCUGGGAGACAAGGCUGUGUUUGCUGGGAAAAAUUUCAGAAAACCUGUGAUUGAGUGAAUCUUUUCCUUGCAGAUUUAUACGCAAAUGGAU